AUGACCUCCUGGGCCCUCCUGCUCCUCGCCUCGGUGCUCCUGGCCACCCCAGGGCUGACCUUUUCUGGUCUGUCCCUUGAGGACCAUGACCUGUCCAUGGCUGACAUGUAUGAGGAGGAGCAGUUCUUCGAGAUCCUGGCCGAGGACGCCUCCAAGGAAGCCGUCAAACAGGUUAUGUCCACGGUGUGCCGGAAGACACUUAUGCGCAAGAUGUUUUGUGAUGAAAUAGUCACUAAAUAUCUUCGUGCCAUCACCCAGGGUAUCCUGAAUGACAAAUCCCCCCAGGAAAUCUGUGUGAAAAUCAGGAUGUGCAGACCAGAAAUAGGAACCUGGUACCACCCUGAAGACAUGAUGAACCAGGCUGGCGGCAUGCACACGAUUCCUGUCAAAACCAGCUAG